ACGACGAGUAGGCUCGUCAGUCAGCGCACGACCGUAGACUAAGUAGGACGUGUUUUGUUUAGAAGAGCUCUGACGUUCUUCGUUGUUUUUCAAAUCACCGAGGACAUUAGCUUUACGUAUCGAGCUUUACGUGUUUCUAUUCGUCUCUAUUGUAUAACAUCGUACGACAAAGGGACAAACGACAAUUGUCAGUUGACAAGAGAUAUCUCCGUCGUCGAUUAUCGAACGAAUUCGUUAAAGCGCUCGAUCAAUGCGAAUGGCUGGUUGGUGGUCAUCUGUCAAAUUCGUCCAGAUAGAGAUACAGAAUCUGCGCGUGAUUCGUGGCGAAGAAGAAAGAGAACGAAUAUCGAAGAAAUAAUUUGAGUGUUUUGUAAUAUCAAAGAAAAAAAAAGAAAAAAAAAAAAGAAAAGAAAAAGAAAAAAAAGAAAAAGAAAAAAAAAAGGAAAGCAAAAGUAAAACGAGAAGAAAAGAUAAACAAACAAACAAUAAAAGAAAAAAAAGAAAGAACGAACCUAUCAAAGAAUUAUAUCAGUCUUUGAUUAAAGCUCGUACGAUAUAUCGAACGAAAGUACAUUUCUAUUUACAAUUCAAAUUCCAGUGAGUUAGAUCGAUAUAAUUAAUCACACAUAAUGUAGCCUGUUAAAUGUGUACAAGUAAAAUAGGAAAUAUAUAUUGAAGAGAAAAUAUGUCGAUCGUUCUUUUAAAAAUCAAAAAUAAAGAGGGUGUAGUGAUAUUACAUUAAAAUAAGAGGUGGUGGAAGAAGAAGAAGAAGAAGAAGAAGAAGAAGAAGAAGAAGAAGAAAAAGAAGAAGAAGGAGAAGGUGGUGGUGGUGGUGGUGUUGGAGGAGUUGGUGGAGCUAUUGAUGGUGGUAGUGGUUGUUGUUGUUGAGGUGUAGCCAGAGAAGAGAAUAAUUUGUGCUCUACACGAGCUUCUUUCGUGAAGGCCGAAGGAGAAAGGAGUGAAGUGUCUCGAGACAGAAUGAAGACGUUGGGUGACGUUGUUGCCGAUCCUGUCGACGAGGAGAAGGACAGUACAGAUUCAGGGCAUGGAACUGCCGGUAAAGAAUUUGGUCAGAGAACUCUAAGAUCCUUGAAAAGAGGACUCGGUCGAUUGUGGAAGAGACACAGGGGCAAUGCCUCGAUAACCGACUAUGACCCUUGUUAUAAGGUCGCCUAUCUUGGGAAUGUCCUUACUGGAUGGGCCAAGGGCGAAGGAUGCGUCGAAAAGCCAGUGUCGACUUUAUGGCGGAACUAUGUGACCAGCAGCAGACCCGAUGUUUCUAUGAGGUUGACAGUAACCAAUGGUGGUUUAACUGCCACUACAAAAGACCAUGGCUUGACGGAAUAUUGGGCUCAUAGGGUCACUUAUUGCACAGCACCAGUGUCACAUCCACGUUUAUUUGUUUGGGUAUACAGACAUGAAGGACGUAGACUUAGGCCUGAAUUAAGGUGCCAUGCUGCAUUAUGCAGCAAAGAGUCUACUGCGAGAAGGUUAGCAUCGACAUUGAAUGCUAGGUUACAACAGGCCCUUCUUGAAUUUCGCAGGGACAAGGUCUCUAGGCAAAAUGCUAGAUUGUCCUUGGCCAAUGCUCUCUACGAAAAUCCUUCGUUACCAAGGAGAAAGCUUUUAUUGAGUACAGGUGGUCAGAAUUAUCGGCCACCUUUAGAAAGGUCGAAAAGUGCACCGAAACUUUCGGCGAUCGAGGAGGAUGCCGUUGCAGAAGAGAUUGAACAACAAAGACUUCUCGAAGAAUUGAGAACGUUAGAGACCGUAGCCAGAAGUUGGCAAGAUCAAGAUGGCUGGAGAUUGGCACGUCUUUUGGAUGCACUCAAUCGAGAAUCUUCCGAUGAGAAUGGAAGUAUCUCAAGUGGAUGUGAGACAGCUAGUACAGCAACGAGCGAGGAAAGAACAAUUGGACCUGAGGAUCAUCAAACGACUGGUGAGACAGAGCAUCAAGCAAAUGCGAGGAUCCUUUAUACAGAGGAGAAUGAAAUAGGAAGGGAUACCGGACCACGAAGGAAUUCCGAAGGUUCACCGAAUUUCAUGACGUGUGCCGGUAGUCCACGUUUCCAUCGUUGCAACGUUAAACCGAAUCGAAAGAGGUUCUCAUUGAGAAGCGAAGAAGAUGAAUCAAUGGAAGAAGAGGAAGAAGAGGAAACCGAAGACACCGCUUCGAAUCUUUUUGAUUUCGAGGACGUCGAGGAUUUCGACGAUGUGGUGGAUUAUAGACCGAGGGGUGAGAUACUUUGUAGAAUUGAAAAUACAGAGGAAAAGGAGAGGCGAAUAUUGGAAAAAUAUCCAAGCCGAUUGAGCCGUCAAUUGUCACAGAACGAUGAAAGUACGUUUUUGACGUUGGAUUCUCUCGACGAGGAAGCAGAUAGCGAUGAAAGUGGUUACGUUGAAGCACCACCUAAAUCAUUUCUUGGACAGGAAGAUAAUAGGAAGGAGGAGAGUAAUAAGUUCGAAAAUUCCAAGAAAGAGCUUGACGUUAUUGUAGAUAAUAAAUCGAACGAUAAGUUCGAGCAGAAGGACGAAAAUAUGACAAUUGAGAAAAAGACAGAUGAUAGGAAGCAAUUGGACGUAGAUUCGAAUGAUCCUAUUCACGUGAUCGAUGAUAAUCAAAGGAUCAAAGAUAGAGAACGCGAAAGGGCAGAGUUUAUAAAGUGUCCUAUCUCAGAGACGAUCAAGAAGUUAGCCAAUGCCUCGUUAAGAAGCUCCAAAUCAUUGGAAAUCACGACGAAUAGUUGUUCGAAGGCAUUGAAUAAUCUCAAAACGUCCAAAUCCUUCGAUGGUACCGUUAGGACCGAAAACAUCGAAGCAGAGUCACCGAGUUUAUUACAAAGAAAACAAUUGUUAGCUCAGCACGGUGUUAUCGUUUAAAAUAAUGAAAAGGAGAGAAGCCCUAUUUUUCUUUCGUUUGAAAAUUUUAUUUUUUCUUGUUUUUUUUUUCUUUUCUUAAAAUUGUUUUUCUUUUUCUUUUUUUUACUUUUUUGUUUUUUUAGAGAGAGAGAGAGAGAGAGAGAGAUCCAACAUAUAUAUAAAAAGAGAGAGAGAGAGAGAGAGAGAGAGAAAGAGAAACAAUCGAAUGGCAUUGUCGCAGUGUCCAGUGCAUAUCGUAAAUUGUUGCUAGGAAGAACGAUUGAUCACUUUAACAAGAGAUACAUUUUCAAUGUAAUUCCGUAAUGUACUAAACGGUACAUACAUACGUGAAAAGAAAUUUUUAGCGAUUUAAUUAAUUACCAGUUUGAUUUCAAACUUAUGCUCGUCUUUUUCGAGCUUAAAGAUGAAAAAUCGUUUGAUUUUUAUACCGUCAUUUUAUCGAUUUGUUACGGUUAACGAGAUAGAGAGAAUAAAAGUGUACUUAUUGGUUUAACUUUAUACGUUUAAACGGAUAAUAUGUCGUCUAUACAAAUCGAAUGAAAUUUUUCACUCUCUAAUCUGAAACACUACAAGAACUUGAAUAUAUAUUUCUAUCCUGAAAGAUAUAUACUUGGUCCUCUCUUGAAAAAUACAUUUUAAAACUAAAAUAGUCAUUAUAAUUAUUAUAUUUAAACGUUCGCCUAGAUCAUUGUCAUUUAGAUCAUUGUCAUUCCCAUCUUGUGUCUUCUUUUUGCAUAUUAAAAAUUCAUAUUUUAUCAUUGAACAUAAAAUUUAUUAAUAUAAAUGGAUCAUGCGUGUGUCGAUCAUGGAUUUAAUUAAAUCGUAUAGUUAUUUAAAUGAUUAUUAUUCUUUUAAUUAUGGAAUACAGUUCUUAACACGAGAACCGUGCCAUAUACCAUUAAAAAAUCAGCCUUUUUCAUAAACACAAAUCUCCCUUUUUUUUUCUUUUUAUUAUUAUUACAAUCCUAUAAUAACAACUUCUAAUCAGAAUUUAUCGAGAUUCGGGAAAAGGGGGUAAGAAAAAAAAAUUAUUGCAAUUUCAAUGUUAUCAUCGUUUUACUUGAUAAAACAUAUUUUAUGACAAUUUAGAAUGAAAUACAUUAUUGAUUACCGUUGUACAAGUAAUACAAUAAAUAAAAAUAUCAAAUAAAGUCUACCUUAAGUCCAUUGAAA